AUGUCUAUUGAAUCACCAUUUAAAUCAAAUAUUUUGGAUAAUCAAGUAGCUCUUGUAACAGGUGGUUCAAGUGGAAUAGGAUUAGAAAUAUGUCGACAAUUAGGAAAACAUGGUUGUAGUGUUGCUAUGAUGGGACGACGAGCAGAAAUUCUUACAUUAGCAGAAAAAAUGUUAACUGAUGAAGGAAUUCGAGCAUUAAGUGUUCAAGGUGAUGUUCGAAAACCAGAGGAUUGUAUACGAGCUAUAAAAUCGACUGUUGAAAAAUUUGGUGGAUUAAAUUGUUUAAUUAAUGGUGCAGCUGGAAAUUUUCUAUGUGCAGCAGAAAAUCUUUCACCAAAUGGUUUUAAAACUGUUCUUGAUAUUGAUACACAAGGCACAUUUAAUAUGUGUCGUUCAGCAUUUUCAGAACUUCGAAAAAGUUCAAAUGCUAAUAUUAUAAAUAUAACUGCAACAUUUCAUUAUGCUGCUAUGUGGUAUCAAUUACAUGUUUGUACAGCAAAAGCAGCUAUUGAUGCUCUUACUCGAUCAUUAGCUCUUGAAUGGGGUGAAUAUGGUAUUCGUGUUAAUGGUAUUGCACCAGGUCCUAUUGCAGAUACAGCUGGUUUUUCGAAAUUAGGUGGAUCUUUAAUGGAUACUGAUAGUUCGAAUAAUCCAUUACUUGAAACUAUCCCUUUAAAACGAAUCGGUACUAAAUGGGAUAUUGCUAUGUCAGUUCUUUAUCUUUGUUCAUCAGCUGGACAAAAUAUAACAGGUACUAUAUUAGUUAAUGAUGGUGGUAAUUGGCUUCAUAAACCACAAAUACUUGAUCGUGAAACUGUUCAAAGUUUUUCACGUUCAAUAGAAAAGAAAAGUCGUCAAGAAGGUAUUGCAACAAAGUCCAAAUUAUAA